AAAAAAGCUCGGCUUGAUGAAUUCGGUGGCAUUAAACUAAUCCUAUGUUUGGGAAUUUCCCAAAUAAAUUAAGAUGGAUUGAUGAACUUUGAACAUAAUCAGUCUCUUCAACUUCUCUGAAUUUACCGAUUCGGUUUCUGACGGCGACCAAUGGGAAUUCCAUCGGAAUUGAGGGAUUUGUGGGUGCACAGAAGAAAUGCUAUUGUAAUUCCCUCGCCGGCUGAAGAACGGAAAAUCUCGAACGCCAAGCUUUGCACUCAAGAAGGUGUUCGUGCUGGUUUCAAGAAUGCUUCCAUUGCAUGUGUUGCCAGUGCAGUGCCUACGUUGGUUGCUGUUCGAGUAGUUCCUUGGGCCAAAGCAAACCUUAAUUAUACUGCUCAGGCACUCAUCAUUUCUGCAGCGUCUAUUGCUGCGUACUUCAUCACUGCUGAUAAAACCAUCUUAGAAUGUGCAAGAAGAAACUCGCAGUUAGAGGAUGCCUUGAGACGCCAAGGAUUAUAAAUGUACUUCCGAGUGCCUUGUGCUGGAGCAGCAGUCUGUUCUGUUGUUGUAUGAUGGAAGAAGUGGCUCUAAAAUGUUAAGUCCCAUAGUCAGUCACUUGUUCUACAUUUUCUUCCCAAUUUCCAAUACCAAAACCUUCGAUUCGGCAGACUAGAUGUGAAGCAAAUAAAAUGUCAUCUUUAAUCACCUUCUAGUGCUGACUACCAUUAUGGGUUUAUCUUUCCUUUCGUUUGGGAUUUCGAAUUGCAAGUAGAGUUUAUGUGGCCAAUGGCCAUUUUACUCUGUUUCCCUUUCGUUCUUCUUCGAAUAUUAUUUACUUGAUAUGAAAUAUUAUUUUUGAGCUUCCUGGCUAAA